AUGGCAGUCUAUGAAGCAGCAUUUAUUCAUAAUCCAGUUCUCCUGGACACGACUCACAUAAUCUUCAUGGUGGCCUAUAAGAACAUAAGAAAGAAGGUCAGACCAAAGGUCCAACCUAGCCUUCCUCUUGGGCAUGGUGGUAAUGGCUGGAUCAUCCUCAUCACUGGCUUCCAGGAGAAGAAGACAGUCCCUCCUAUGUGGUUCCUUAACAUGGCCAUUGCUGACUUCUUCUUCACCUCCUUCCUACCCUUCAGAGUUAGCUACCUAGCCUUGGGCUUUCGUUGGUCCUUGGGCAGCGUGAUGUAUAAAUUGACCAUUAUUGUCACCUCGCUCAACAUGUUCACUAGGGUUUUCCUCCUCACAGUCAUCAACGCCAACCACUGCAUCUCCAUGGCCUGCCCUGUAUGGUCCCGGAACCACAGGUUGCCCCGUCUGGCUUCUUUGGUUAUUCUGGUCAUAUGGAUCCUAUCCCUUGCAUUGAGCUUGCAGUACCGUAAUCUCUGGGAUUCCAUGAGCUCAUCUUCAGAAUGGAACGUCACCUCUGGCAAUCUGCACAGUGUCCAAGAGAACCUUUUUCUGAGAAAACAAAGGAUGAUGGCCCGUGUUGCUAUCCACUUCCUGGUUGGGUUCCUGGUCCCAUUAGCCUUGAUCAUCACCUGCUACAUUCUUCUAGCUGCCAAGCUGAGAAGCCAUCUCACUCAGUCCAGGAAGCUCCUCAAUGUUCACCUUGUCUUGAUCUUGAUCUUUUACCUCUGCUGGCUCCCAUAUCACGUCUUCUACUUCCUGCAGGUCUCAGGUGAUGCACUACAUUCAGUGAUGGAAAAAUCCCUGGACAUGGGCAUCCUCUUUGCCGAUGGCCUGCUCUAUUUUCACAGCUGCCUCACUCCCAUCGUCUUCCUUUCCAUGGGCCAGGAGUUCAUGGGCCGCAGGGAAAAUGCAUUUAAUACUAAAAUGCUGUGCACUUGGCAGGAGAGCCAGCUGAAUAGGGGAGAAAUGUUCAAGGGGAGAUGGGAUCCAUUCACAAACUAUAUGCUAGCUCAAGAUAACGAGCUUCCUAAGUGUGUUGUGUCCCCCUAUAGUAACUGA